UACUAGUGUUCUUUGAGCAUUUCCAUCAAACCUUAGCUGACAUCUUUGUUCAAAUAAUCAAAUAAGAUGAACCUUGUGAGAACAAAAAACAGGAGGAGAGUGAGACGUCUUCAGUUUUUCUUCUUCUUUGCUGACCGUUACUGUUUUCCGCUCCACAGGAAUGUAAUGGAACCUAAACACCGGGCGAAGGUCUGUUAGUGAUAGGUUGAAGCAUAUCUUCAGGAAUGAGACAUCCACACCGCUGAGCUGAAAAUGAGAGAGUGGUGGAUUCACGUGGGUCUGAUCUGCGUCCCACUGGUGGCUGUGUACCUAAACAUCCCGCCCCCUCAGCUGUCACCUGCCCUGCAGAAGUGGCACAGCGCCGGGGAGUUCUUUGAGUUCAGAGGCAGGGAGAUCUUCUACAGAGAUUCUUAUGGAGCUCUGGGAACCUCUGAUGUGGUCAUUCUGCUCCAUGGCUUCCCCACGUCCAGCUUCGACUGGAACAAGAUCUGGGAGCCUCUCGCCCAGCGCUUCCAUCGGGUUGUUGCACUCGACUUCCUUGGUUUUGGCUUCAGUGAAAAGCCUCGACCCCACAGGUAUUCCAUCUUCGAGCAGGCCAGUGUGGUGGAAGCUCUGGUGGCUCACUUGGGUCUGAUCAACCAGCGAGUGAAUGUGAUUUCCCACGACUAUGGGGACACUGUGGCGCUGGAGCUGCUCUACAGGAGCCACCAAAACCGCACAGGUCACCUGACCUUCAAUAGCCUGUGUCUGUCCAAUGGAGGAUUGUUCCCAGAAACACAUCACCCCCGGCUGCUGCAGACACUUCUAAAGGACUCAAGUUUUCUGGCUCCAGUUCUGACCCGACUGACCAACUAUCUAAUCUUCCAGAAGGGGAUUGGAGACGUGUUUGGUCCGUACACACAGCCCACAGACACUGAGUUCUGGGACAUGUGGACUGGUUUACGCUACAAUGAUGGCAACUUAGUUAUGGACAGUAUUCUGCAGUACAUCAACCAGAGAUUAAAACACAGAGACAGAUGGGUCGGCGUGCUUACGUCCACCUUUGUCCCACUGCACAUGAUCUACGGACCCUUGGACCCGGUCAACCCUCACCCUCAGUUCAUCCGUCUGUACCAGAAGCUGGUCCAGAGGUCAACAUUCACCGUGUUAGACGAACACAUCAGUCACUACCCUCAGCUGGAAGAUCCCACUGGCUUCCUUAACGCAUAUUUCAACUUCAUCCACUCUUUCUGAAGGGGGACACCAAACAGCAACACCUGUUUUCAAGGAUGAAUUCAGGAGCUGUUUGGCACUUCUGAAACACUUCAGAGUGAUUGAUGACCUUUUCCUGAUGAUGUCAGCUGGAGAAGCUGCGUCAGUUUGAGGUUGAAUCGCGAGCAAGCGUCUAAUUUACCAGCAUUAACAGCUCAAAUGUCAAUUACUGACAUUUGAAGGCUUCAAGUAUGAGCUAAAGACAUUAAUUUAACUUAAUGCUACUAACUAACUGAUCUGAUGGAGGCAGUGUUGAUUUAAGAACCCUCAGAGGAAGCAUGAUACUUCAACUUGUGUGAUUGUUGAACCUAAAUGUGUGUUGAUCUCCUCCAUGUUCUGUCUUGUCCUGCAAUCAGCUGCACUCUGAAUGACUUUUGAUAUGAUUUUCUACAUUUCUCUUGAUGUCAAUGAAAACCUUAAUGUCAACUUUUCUUCAAAUAAAACUAGUUUUGUAAAAAAAAAGAAGAA